AAUUUUAAUUCGUUUCGCAAAGCGAAAUCAAAAUUUUCUGAGAAAAUGUCGGGUCGUGGAAAGGGAGGCAAAGGUUUGGGCAAAGGAGGAGCGAAGCGUCACAGGAAGGUUCUGAGAGACAACAUCCAAGGAAUCACUAAGCCGGCGAUUCGUAGAUUGGCUCGUAGAGGUGGUGUCAAGCGUAUCAGUGGUCUGAUCUACGAAGAGACACGUGGCGUUCUCAAGAUCUUUUUGGAGAACGUGAUCCGUGACGCCGUUACUUACACCGAGCACGCAAGGAGGAAGACGGUGACCGCCAUGGAUGUGGUUUAUGCUCUUAAGAGACAAGGAAGGACUCUUUACGGAUUCGGCGGCUAGGGUUUUGAAUUUGUUUGCUUUUUGCUGUGUUUUUCUACGUUUAUCUAGAAAUGUUAAUUUUCAGAAUUUGGUGUUAGUUCCCAAAAACCUCAUAAAUAUGAAGGAUGUAUUUGCAAUUUCGUUAUUGUAGUUGCCGAUUUCGUGUUCGUAACAAAAACAAAUAUUGCAAUUUCGUAGUCUUAAA